GGGUGGUUUGAAACAAGGCCUAAAAGCCGUGUGCGUGUCUGACGUGGCGGUGUGGGCAUACAUCUUGGCGUCCGCGGCGCAACCGCACACCAACGCUGGCAAGGCGUCACCACGAGGGCGGCCGGGUCUGUUGACCGUCGACGUAGUACGUACAGUAUCUCCUCCCCAUUCCCCGCAUGAUCCAUGGCCAUUUUUAUAUCCGUCGAUGCGUCCGUCCGUCGGGGUGCCGCGCGUUCCCACGCACCCGCUCGUCUCUGUCAAAGGCUAAACCCGCUUCCUCUUGAUUCAGCCCACCGUGCCGGAAUUCUGUUUCGGCUUUCCUCAUUCCCUUCUGAACCCCUUCUUCUUGGACUGCUGCUUCGUCUGUCUCACUCCCAUGAACAGCAAGCUCCUCCUGUCCUGACUCCUGAGAACCCUGCGGAUUAGAACGAUGGGAUGCUUCGCGUUCAAGGGCGGCAAGAGCAAGCCGGCGGCGGAGCCCAAGCCGGACGGGCCGAAGCGGAGCAGGGCGUCGUCCUCGUCGGCGUCGACGCCGACGAGGAGCAUCCAGGAGCUCUCGGAGGAGCGGGGCGCGGCGCGGCUGCGCGUGUUCGGGCUGGAGGAGCUCGGCAGCGCCACCAACGGCUUCAGCCGCGCGCUCAAGGUCGGCGAGGGCGGCUUCGGCUCCGUCUACCGCGCCUUCUUCCGCUCCGCCGCCGGCGGCCGCGUCGUCCUCGCCGUCAAGCGCCUCAACCAGCGCAGCCUGCAGGUCAGAAACCUGGAAUAAUCCUUGCAGCGAGAUCGAUCGCCACAAAUCCUGAGUGCUCCAUGAGGAACCCGGAAUCUUGACGUUGCAAUAAACAUAUCCGCCCGGUACAAGCACGGCCACUCGUGUCGCCUUCAAUGAGAAUUCGCAGAGCUCAACCACCACGUGAACUUCGGUUCAGGCUCCACACUCAUCGAUCGGGACAGCAUCACGCUACCCGUAUUAAAUCAACAAUCUUUUAUGGUGAUUUCUGAUGGUGAUUUCAUUUUCAGGGGCACAAGCAGUGGCUCGCCGAGGUGCAGUUCCUGGGCGUGCUGGAGCACCCGAACCUGGUGAAGCUCGUCGGCUACUGCG